AUGACGAUCCAAUUCAUCAUUGUGAUGAAUAGACAGGGCCGGACGCGGCUUGCUAAAUGGUAUGAUCUGUAUUCCAACAAGGAAAAGUCUCUCAUCACAGGCCAGGUCCACAAGCUCAUCUCUACACGCGACACUAAACACCAGUCUAACUUUGUGGAGUUCCAGGGCAACAAGCUCGUGUACAGGCGGUAUGCUGGGUUAUUUUUUAUUGUAUCGAUUGCUAUCCACGACAGCGAGCUCGCGUACUUGGAGCUGUUGCACUUUAUGGUGGAGAUUCUCGACCUCUACUUUGAGAACGUGUGCGAGCUCGACCUUGUGUUUAACUUCUACAAGGUGUAUGCCAUUCUCGAUGAGUUGUACCUUGCCGGCGAGAUCCAGGAGACUUCCAGAGACAAGGUCUUGCAGCGGUUGGCGUAUUUGGACAAGCUUGAUUAA